AUGGGCCGCCGGAUUCGGUACAGUCGCCCAAAGACUGCCCCGCCGGAGACGCUGCUGGACUUUCUGUGCAUCCGCUUCUCUUACCUCUCACGCGGCGAGUGGGAGCGGCACCUGGCAGCGGGGCACUUGCGGGUUUGUAGCCCCAUCGAUAGUAGCACAGUAGCAACGUCCGGGGACUACGUGCUGCGCCAAAAUGACGAGAUCAAUUUUGACCCACCACGGGAGCUUGAGCCAAGCGUCGACGAAUACAUUUACGUUGUGCACGACGACGACGCGGUCCUCGUGUGCGUCAAGAAUGGCAAUCUGCCGGUGGCGGAGGGGGGGCGCUACUCUGGCAACACGCUGGUAGGUCUGCUUCAGCGACGCAGCGCGGAAUCCGUCGUGUUCGAGGAUGAUGCAUCCGCCGGUAAAAAAAGGGAUCGGGCGGAAGUGGAGAAUGGGGAUGCGGGGAUCGCAGCGAAUAAAAUGCCCGCGUCGUACCAUCCCGUCCACCGUCUGGACAAGGAGACAUCUGGCUUGGUCGUAUUGGCGAAGCAGGCGGCGGCGGCAAGAGGCCUCUCCACACAGUUUGAGCAACAGUCUGAACGGCUCGCGGCAGAAGUGGCACGAUGGAGUGAGCCGCCUGGAUACAAGUUGAGCGCCGAGGAGUUUGAGACGUUUGUGUCGGAUGGGAAAUAUGUCAACAAAUCUUAUAUCGCCGUCUUGGCUGGUGCAGCUCCUGAAGGGGCUGCCUUUGUCAUGUGCGACCGCAUUGGCCUUCUCUUUGACAGCCUGCCCAAAGAAGGAACGACGGAGGGUGUGAAGCAGCAUACGAAAUUGAAGAAAUUGAAGAUGACAUGUUAUCCUGCGAAUUUGAGGGAAAAUCCCCGGCAGCUCGGACGUCCAGCAAUCUCUCGGAUUCGUAUUCUGGGCAGUGACAAGAAACUUGGCGUCUCUGUUGCGCGUGUGGAUAUUCUGACAGGAAGAACACAUCAAAUACGACUACACUGCGCCCAGCUAGGCUACCCAGUGCUUGGCGACAAAUUGUACGAGACCACUACGCCAGGUGUGGUGGGCGGCGGAUGCGCUGUUGCAGAUGACACGUACCUUGCGAGAGCGAGGGGAAGUGAGAGCUUAGUGAGCGCAGCAGCGCCACGUUUGCGAGUGAGGCGGCAUCUUUUGCACGCUGCUGCGCUGUCGUUCCUGCAUCCUGUCACUGGGGAGCGCAUGGCGUAUUUCGCGGAUCCACGUGAGUGGCUUCUGCGUGAUAUCGUGGAAGAAACGGAAGGAGCGGCCGUAGAGACCAUGGCAGAUGGAAGCUGUUCAGCCCUUGAGGCGCUGCAGCAGCUCUUGGGGAGAGCCAUGGGUGCCUUGGCCCUUUGA